ACCCCAAGACAAAUUUUAUUCAAAAUAAAGGUCAUUCUGAAAAUCAGACUAUACAUUUUAUGAUUGGUGAGUCUAUGCUUGUCACGGCCUUGUUCUUUUUCAUACACAUUUUCCAUUUCAUUCUAUUUGAUCGAAAUUAAAGUACCAUUCUAUACAUUAAAAUCAGAUUCUAUUCUAUUUUAUCCUAUCCUAUCCUAUUAAAGGGAUUGUAGGCAUAUAUUAUUUUUUGUCGGUAGUGUAAAUCAGUGUCUCCACCUCCCCCUUAAGGCGCAUUGUUGAGGCCGUUUCUCUCCAGCUGCUCGUUCUCACGCUCACAACGUCUCAUCUGUGCGCGGCCCGUGCUGAGCAGCAUCCGGAGAAGAAGUGCCGGAUACAAACAUCACGCAAAUGUCCUUGCUGAAUCUGAAAGCAUCUUUGGCGGUGUCGCAUCCUGUCGCGCGAGGAUGAUGGCCGGGUUUCGCGCGUUUCUGGGUGCAGCGCGAGCAAAUGGAUGCGUGUGCGCGAUAUUUGUCCUUGAGUUGAGCGCUGCCAGCACGGGAUGUUUCAGUGUUGCAUGACCCAAUGCAUAUUGAAAUAAAAGCCUAUGGCGAUACAAUAAGCGUACACGUUUAUAUCUGCGUUUUUGUCCAUAUGCGCGUUGCGUUCGUGGAGAGUAUUGCGGGCAUCUAAUGGAGGAGAUGAGGAACGCGGUGUCUUUAUUUUAGUAGAGGAUUGCUUAUCAUCAGUGUUUGAAGAUGCCGCGGGGUGUGCGGAGACUGAUGCAUAUGAUGCUCUUCUGCCCUUUAUCUAAGGGCUUACAGUCCCGUCUCCCAGCAGUAAAGGUGAAGUACCUGUUGGUGGUGUGGUUUGGGAUUCUGGUGGCCAGCUGGAUGCUUUACAUGCAGUAUUCUUCAUAUUCAGAGCUCUGCAGAGGACACGUCUGUACUAUGAUCAUAUGUGAUCAUUAUCAGAGGGGAAUCAUCUCCGGCUCAGCGUGCAAGUCUCUCUGUGAGGAAAAAACUCUCUCUCUUCAACACUGUCUUUCAACAUCACCUACACACCAGGUGUACAGUGCCGAAUGGAAGGAGAAAUCCGUUCUGGUGAAAUGUGGCAUCGAGGAGAGUAUGAGAGGAGAAAACGGUCCUGAUUCUCCACAGCAGCACCAAAUCAGCCUCUAUGACAAACCCACACGUGGGACGUCCAUGGAUGAAUUCAGAGCGAUGCUGCAUUCCUUUCUCAAGGACAGUGUGGGCGAGCAGACGUCUCUUGCAACUCUCGUCACGCGUGUGAUCUCUCUAGCUGAUGUCAAUGCCGACGGUAAAGUUUCUUUAGCGGAGGCCAAAUCGGUCUGGGCUCUGCUGCAAAUCAACGAGUUUGUUUUAAUGGUGGCGCUCCACGAUAAAGAACACGCACCUCGCCUGCUGGGCUUCUGCGGUGAUCUUUAUGUGACUGAGCACAUAGCACACAGCGCCCUCUUUAGGCUGGAGGUGCCUGGCUGGAUGCAGCCGGUGUUUCCCGACUCACUGGGAGGGGCCCUUAACCGAUGGCUCGCCCCAGCGUGGCCCCGCAGGGCCCGAAUCACCAUCGGCCUGCUGGAAUUCGUGGAAGAGGUUUUCCACGGCGUGUACGGGAGCUUUUAUAUGUGCGACGCCAGCCCGCAACGGGUCGGCUACAACGCUAAUUACGACUUCAAAAUGGCCGACCUUCAAAGCGUAGCGUCGGAGGCGACCAUCAAGGGAUUCUUACGAGGAAGAACGUGCGAGGCGAACGCCGACUGCACUUAUGGGCGGGAUUGUACGGCGACGUGUGAUAGGUUGGCCAGGCAGUGUAACGUGGAAGUGGUGCAGCCCAACCUGGCCAAGGUUUGCGCCCUACUGCAGGACUUUCUGUUGUUCGGAGCACCGUCUGAUCUGAAAGAGGACCUGGAGAAGCAACUACGUACGUGCGUGACGCUCAGCGGACUUGCUUCGCAAAUGGAGGUACAUCAUUCCCUCGUUCUCAAUAACCUUAAAACGCUAUUGUGGAAGAAGAUCUCGAAUACCAAGUACUCUUGAGACACUAAACAAGAGGAUGGUGGUGAAGAUAAAUGAAUGAAUGAAUGAAUUUGGGACAGUAAAAGAUAUUCAAGAGUGUCAAACGCUUCUGAGACUAAUGUUGGGAGUGGUAAGGAUUCCCAGAUACACUACAUCUUCACCUAUUUUAACCCUUUAACCUAUUAAAAUACCUUCUGAAAACUUUACUUUGGCUUCAAGGUGAAAAUGGUCCUGAUUAAUGAACUUCUAGGACAAUUACAAUAACCUGACAAAAGGUUUUAUGUUGCAUCUUGAAAGACAAACUACAUCUACACCUAUUUUGACUCUUAUUACAGAACAAGAUAUUGGCUUUAGCAAUGUUUGAAGCCAAGUAAGAAGUUUCCGCCAAGACCUACAACACAAUUUAAGAAGACUUGACCACUGAAUACAUAAUAUAUAAAGAAGAGAUAGAAAGAAGUUAUAUAUGAUGUCUUUUUACAGCGUGUUUGUUGUGUUUGCACUAGGAGUAUGUUUUCAUUUAUUUUGUAGUGUUAUAUAUUUCUCACAUAUUUAUUUUCAGAGUUGUUCGAGAAUUAAUGAAGAAAUCCUUGAGAUCUUAUUCACUUAAACUGUGAGAGUAUUUUUCUUUCGAACGUGUUUCUCAGGGUUUGUGUGUCGAUGUAUGAAUGUGUUUGUUUAGAGAUUACUGUUAACAUUAAACAUAAAUGAAACAGAA